AUGACGUCCGAGGUGCCGCCGGCGUCUGAGCCCAUCCUCGACGAUGCAGGACUGCCGCCCCUGCCAUCGAGCAUCCGGCCAAUCCCGCGCACUCUUUUUUCGUCGCUCAAGGCGUGGUGGAACGCGUCGCCUCAGCAGACCGCCGAGGCGGAGCUGCACCUGUUCCGCUCCUCGGGCUAUUUUGGCGGGGCCACGUUGGGCAAUGCCCGGGGCCUGCAGACUGACGGCCCCAACGCGAUUGUCGACGCCUACCAGCAGGCACAAGGUGAGUUAGGCCCCGGACCGGUGCGCGUGGGCAACCAGUACGCCACAGUAGCCACGCAAGCCGCGGCCGAUGGCAAGAUUGGCUGCGUGCGCGCCGUCGACCUCGGCGAGGAUCCGCAGAUGCGGCGCCGCUUCCGGCGGUUUGGUGCGCGCCCGGCGCGGUACGUGCACACGCUCGAGAUCGGCACGCCCACCGAGGCGGGAAAGCGGCCGCCGGACGAAGUGCCCGUCGUGUUUGUCCAUGGCUACGGCGCUGGCUGCGCGUUCUUCUUUAAAAAUAUCGGCGCGAUUGCCAGCCUGCCGCACACACGCGUGUUUGCGCUCGACUGGCUCGGUAUGGGCUGCUCGGCGCGUCCGCCGUACCGGAUGCCCCAUGCGCCACGCUCCGACGCGCGCGCCGAGGCGUCUGAGCACUUUUUUGUCGCGUCGCUCGAGCAGUGGCGCGCCAAAAUGCAGCUGGAGCGCAUGGUUCUCGUGGGCCACAGCCUCGGUGGCUACUUGUCGAUGGCCUAUGCGCUGCGCUACCCCGAACGUGUAUCGCGUCUCGUACUGGUCUCGCCGGCUGGCAUCCCGGAGGGGUCCCUUACGAAGGGCCCUCCUGAGGCGCGCCAGGCACCUGCGCGCUUCAGUCCGCUGUUCAUACGUGUGCUCAGCUACUUGUGGGAUCACAACGUGAGCCCCUUUAGCCUCCUGCGCUUGAGCAUGGGGCUGGGGCCUAUGCUCAUGGGCUCGUACACACGCCGCCGGUUCGGCGCGCUCGACGAGCACGAAAUGCACGCACUGCAUGCAUACUGCCACGGCAUCUUUUUGGGGCGCUCAAGCAGCGAGCACUGCCUAUCGGAUCUGCUCGCCCCCGGCGCGUACGCGCGCCGCCCCAUGCUCCACCGCCUCGCGCCGCUGCGCAUGCCCAUCGCCUUUUUCUACGGCGACCGCGACUGGAUGGACGUGGAGGGUGGCCGUUCCGCACAGCGCAUGCUCGAUGGUGCGCGCGUGUUCCUCGUGCCGAACGCGGGCCACCACCUCUACCUCGACAAUGUGUCGUACUUCAACCAGGCGCUGCAGCGUCUGGUGUCGUAG